AUGAAACUGCAUGACGCAUCAGCAGUAUGGCUGUCUGGUUGGACUGCCAUUUCUAAGUUCAGUCAGCAAUAUAUGGCAACGUCAAACUUUCAAGAAGCGGGUUCCGAAGAGUCAUCGUUGGUUUUUUAUUUGGAUGUGAUUUCAAAGGACGAUGUUGAAUUAGACAUAGCUAUAGUUGGUGAAAACGGAAGUGGUAGAUCAUGUUUUGUCAACGCUAUAAGAGGGUACAGUAAACAAUCUGUUUCUUUGCUUCAACACUAACUUUAAUAAUUGCAAAACUUCGGUUGCAAAAUGUCGGUUGAAACGUCAAAUUUCUCCUUCUUACUAUUGGCACUACUACCUACAUUGGCACAGAUUAUUCAAAAUGGUAGUAUUAGUUAAACCUAAAGAAUUGUUCAUUGAGUUAUUAUUAUUAGUUUAACGUCUGUAGUGUGUCCUGUUCAUGUAUUCCUUGCAUUUUCACCAGUUAUAUUAUAAUUGCCGUAGCCAAACUGAUAGUUCAUAUUCGUAAGGUGGUUCUUUUAAAACCUUAUGCAUGCUAUUCUUGGUCGUAAAGAGAUAUUUCAGUGCUUGACAUUAUUCGCCAAAUUAAGCAGAAUCACCGAAGCGUAACGUAUAUAUAUAUGUUGAAGAUUGAAUAACACCGUUAAAUAAAACAGUUGUAGAUUUCAGAAAAUGAAGACAAUUCUAUAAGCUUCAAUUCAAACUGACCGUCUUUUCUCCCAAAGUAUUCUGUUCGCACGUUUAUGGGAAUUUAAGUGUGAAGAUUAAUACAACACACGACAAAACAUAUACGUAACAAGACGACGGGUAGGCAUUUACUUGGGCGGCUCUGGUAAGUGGGUUGACAUAGGCGGUUCGUGUUGACAGUAAAUAACACUGCACAUUUUGUGUGUUCAAAAUUAACAAAUUUAGUAGGCACCUGGCUACAUCCUCUACCCCAUUUCUCCUAAGAGGUGAGGUACUAAGGAUGAACCGGUCACUCAUAAAAACAUUGCUUACUCGCGUGACAUGUUUUUACCAAGAAAGUUCAAUGUUUGUCACCAGCACUUGGCAAGUUUUAAUCUGAUCAGCCAAUCACGUUCAACCAGCUCAAAUGUCAUCACAAGCAUUGGACCAAAUAUCGAUAAAAAAACAUUGAACCUAAUUUGUCGUAAAAACAUUGAACCAAAUCAUUAGAAAACACAAUGUUUCACCUGCGACCGUUCAUGAUCACUAACAAAACUUUAUUAUCCAAUGACUCAAACUGGCAAUGAGUGUGGUUAUAAAAACAUGGCAAUUUUAAGUUAAUAUACAGCAAUACAGCAGAUGAGUUAGUUGGCGUAUAAAUGUUAGGUGGCGUAGAAAUGUUAGCUGGCAUAGAAACGCAUUCGUUUAUUAUCCACAUUUUACUCUUUUGGGAAACGUUGGGUCGUGAAUGCAAUAAUAAAAUUCGACUAUAGGCUUUGUAUUCAUUUAUAAAACUAGAGUACCUAACGAAAACGUGACUUGUCGUCACCACUUGGACCAUCAGAUGUACAUGUAUUAGGGCCAAGACAAAGAUAUACAGGAAUUAGAGCCAAGACAAGAUAUAGAAGAUACAAAAACAUUCUUACCUAAAUAAAAGGAUGCUUAAUUUACAUAUAGUCCAUAAGGGUACUUUUAAACAAAGUUUAACUUUACUUUGUAUUCACCCUAUUCUUUGAAGAAAGACUUCAAAGACAGCACAUGCCACACGCCUCAUUAAAGCAUCAUGGCAAGUGUCAUGGAUGAAGAAUUGAAAACAUUGGAAAACAUGGCCAAAGCCUCAAAGCCUCGUGUCCCCGACGCGGGCGAAACACGCGAAGCAUCAUGCGGAACAAAACGCAACAUCAAAGAUUCUGAAAAACAAAGCGAUUUUAUGACUUGGUCGACCAUAGUCGCCCAAGUAAUUACAAACUACACGAAAAAUCUUCUGUCUUCUGAAAAAGCCAGUCGCAUACGAUUGCAAAUUUUGCGGAAAACUGCGGUUGCACAACCUCCCUUCGUUUUUCCGCAAACUAUGUCUAUAGUCCCUGAGCCAACUGCGCGAAGCGCAGGGCCUUUUCUGCACACAGGUACGGGUACAUUGAAUGGGGGGAGGGGGUGUAAGAGAAAUACUGCCUACUAAUUUCAAAUGCUAAUUGGCAUUUCUUUUCUCAAAAUUGUUGGCGAGCAAGCUGGGGGGAGGGGCUUCACGGUUCAACAUCACACAUUUGCCGGACAUUAUAAAUUUCAUUUUUGUUUGAGUUAACGUAGCAUUGUUUGUUUAAAUUUUAGUUACAGUUAUUAGAUUUUUUAUCAGUGUCCAUCAAAUGUUUUAGUUUCUUUCCUUCCUAUCAAACUGGGAUCAGAUAAUUUGCCGACUGCCUGACGAUUUGGGAUGCUUCAUACCCACAACCCCUUUUUAGCGCCGCCCGUGCCUGUGCUGAUUUUUAUGAGGGAAUGUCGAGAAUGUGAGAGGUUAUAAGAAAACAGGCAGAUGCAGCUUUUUCAACAAGGUUGACGUUUUACUAAUGAUCAAAAGGGCCCAGUUCAUCUGAAAAUCAUGCUUCAUUACUGGGGCAAGCAAAGGGCCUACUGGGGGUAUAUGCCGCAGUAAUUGCAUAUAGUUAAAAAAUGCCCUGGAAACGAGACCAUUAGCGAAGUCUAAAGUUCAUCACUGACUGCGGGCGUAGGUCACUGUGCGUGCUUCGGUGGGUGGUCAUCCUCACUGAUAUCAUAAUAUAGCGGCAUUAUAACGGCUGCAGGACGACAGCGAAAUUGAUUUGAUGAUUUCUUGCAAAUAUAUUUCAUUUUUGCAUGAUUUUGUAAAUUUCAAAACAUUUUUGAUAAAAUAAAAGCAAAACAAUUGCUAAACGAAGGAGUAAAAGUGCCGACGUUAACGAAGGUAAAUUUGUUUUAAAUAUUGAUGCAUUGUUUGCUUUUAAUAUACUACAUGUAAAUACUUUAAAAACCGAUCGUUGCGUAUAAAUAAGAAACAAGACAGCGUAUUAUUUCAGUGUUUCUUUAUUAAUUACCCUUUUUAUUAUAUUAUAUUAAGCAAAGUUAUUUGGCAUGGGAGAAUUUGAAAAACUAAGGGACCGGUCAUUAUUUAUGGUGGGGGGUGGCACCGAAGAAAAAUGUUUUUCGUGGCAAAAAUUUUGCUGACCCAACCAUUAAAAAGUAAAAAAUUUGAUUGCCCAACCUUGAAAAUCAAUUAAAAAAUAAAUACCCACCCAUGCAUGGCCAAAACUUUACAAAAGGAUACCAUUCAAUUGUCACACAUGUCUUUUACCCCUUCUGUGACAUGAGUUUGAUAACUGCUUGUGAAAUGUUCUGCAGUCUAAAGUUUCAUGUUGUCUGCACAUGUACUUUCUUUGGAGACAUCAUUUGUCUUCUGACAAAUCGGAAAAUAUCAAGAUAGUGAUUCUGGUAGAUUCACAGAUUGUAUUGACACAUGACUGUUGACAUUGCUUUUUAGUCUUCAAUAUUUUAGUAAGACAUGCUUUGGAAAUGACAACAUUUUUUUCUUACCCAACCCUUGAGUUUUUUUGUUUUUCAUUUACCCAACCUUUUACUAACUCAAAAUUUUGUUUAUCCAACCAUUUUCUCUUCGGUGCCACCCCCCACCAUAAAUAAUGACUGGUCCCUAAUCAGAAAUCUUUUGAAUUUGAACAAUAGAAAUUUCGGUUCGAUCGAAAAAUUUCGCCUAGUGGAAAACCGCCUUAAAGCAGUGAACUAUAUACAUGGAAGGCUGACUUCAGUCAUUGACGUAAUCAAAAAGUGAAGCCAAAGAUGGCGGAUUUUGAAGCCAUUCUUGCGCGUCAUUCUCAGUCCCCUUACCCGCGCGGCCAAACAUUUUUUGUAUUUUCAUGGCGGGAAGUGAUGGGUCCGCGAUUCUCGGGUUGUGUUUUUCUUCAUUUUAAAAGAGCAAAAAAGGAAAUAAACUUCAUUUAUUUCAUGUAAACCUGAUUUCCUUCAUCUACUCGAUCUGUCUACUGCAUUUUCCCACUGUAUGUGUGAGUAAAUCUGUAUUUUUUGUUGCGAAUUCAACAACUAAUUUCAAACUUUUUUGUUUUUUGAUAUAAAAUCUGUAUUUUUAUAAAUUGGCAAUUUAUUUUUGCUUUGGUUGUUUCGUUUUCUUGUUUCUAUGGUGCUUUUCAGUUUUCACACCAUUAUUUAGCUUAUUUUAGUCGGUUUUCCUGACCUAAAACUGCAGUUUUCGAGGCAGUUUUUAGCCAAUUUAAUUCCAUAUAUGUUAGAAAAUUUUGUUUUUUUAUUUUCUAUUUAAUAAAAUCACUUUGAUGUUUGCCUUAUAAACUUAAACUGUUCAUUUUAAUGAGUUAUUCAUGUGUGUGAAACUCUUGUCGAUAGGGGCAAUAAAGAUAUUUUGAAAGAUUGAGUGACUUUGUGUUUUGUUUUGUCACUCCUUGUCAUUUUACAAAAACAGCAAUCCCGCGCUAUUUUGCUUUCUUUUCACUCAAAUAUCACAUUUCCUAAAGAAAUAAUAAUUAAAAUUUAUAACCGAACCCAAACAAAAUACCAGAAUUCAACUUUUCAUUCAAAUUUCGUCUGUUUUUCACCAGAUUUUUACUCGGAAAGUAAAGAAAAAUAUAAAAGUUUUGUUGACCGCGCACGUAAGGGGACUGAGAAUGACGCGCAAGAAUGCCUUCAAAUUCCGCCAUGUUGGCUUCACUUUUUGAGCACGAGUCAGACUUCCAUGUUAUAUAGUUCAGUGCCUUAAAGGCGGUUUUCCACUAGGCGAAAUUUUUCGACCGAAUCGAAAUUUCUCUUUGUUUCAUGAGCUCUCGAGCAGAACUAAUUGUAAAAAGACAAAGAAAAAUUUCGUUUCGGUCGAAAAAUUCCGCCUCGUGGAAUCAGGCCUGAAGAGCAGUGCAUUUUUUUCGAAAUACAGUCCAAAAAAAUAAAAUACAGUACGAUACAGUGCAAAUUUCUUAAUUUUUCUUAAUUUUCUUAUUUUUUAUUUAUUUUUCAAAUUUCUUAAUUUUCUUGAUUUCUAAACGUGACUGCAUAACUUUUUCAUGUUAAUAACAAUAACUAACAAUUUCGAGUUUUCCCAACUUCCACGAGUGUUGAUAUAACUAUAUAUCAAUACGGAAAAAAUGUUUUAUAUUUGUUUUAUAAUAUAGCAAUGUCAAAAGCCCGAAGAAUAAGAACAAUUUCCGUGUUACAAGCAGCAGAAAAUUUCCCGUGUUGACAUGGAGUUAUAUCAACACGGCUCUUAGCCAAUCAGCGUUCAGAAUUUACAAAUGCCAUAUUAUAAAUUACAUUUAUAACUACAUUACAUUUUUCUUUAAAGACUCGAAGAAGAUGACAGAAAUGCAGCAAAACCAAGAGAACGUGAAACGAAAGAACUCAACCUAUUCGUUCACCCUGAAAACCCGAAUAUUCGUUUUUGGAUACUUACCAUGAGUAUUCACGACGCAACUUUCCCUUGUCUCGAAAUUGAGAAGUAUGACGCAUUUCUUAUUUUCACUGCUGGUUUUUUCAGUGAAAGGCAUAAGCAAUUUGCAGAAAUGAUUAAAUACAACAACCGGCCACUGUUUUUCAUUCGAAUUAUAAUCGAUUACGACCUUCCUAAAGAAGAGGACGAAAUAUUGACCGAACAGUUGCUGAAAGAUCUGAGACGUAGCCUGGCUGUAAAAUUACAGGACCUUCAUCUUGGUGAAGAUGAAAUCUAUCUUAUAAGUAAUCACCACCCAAACAAAUGGGAUUUUUUAAAACUUACGAAAGCAAUUGCAGAUGCUCUGCCGUCUUCUAAAAAAGAGUGUUUUAUCAAGAUUCCGAAGAUUCAAGAGUUAGUUGCCUCAGAAAAAUUUCAGGAUUUUAUUCAAGGUAUAAUACUGUAAUUGGUAUAACCAGUUUCAAUUUGGGAUCCCGAAUUGAAGAAUGAUUCAUAAGAACGAAUAUAACGAAUAUAAAAACUAUUAUUUAAUUUGUAUAUGUCUCGGAGCAACCAGCAACUCUUUUAAAAAAAUUGGAUCAUUGCCUUUUAUAACAAAGCCUAAAAAAACAAUAAUAAACUAAAGAGUAUAAUGCGACUUGCAUGGUCGUGACAGCAUUUCAAUUUUUAACUUUCUGACACGUUUCUCAAUCGCCACCAAAAAGCAUGUUUAGCGCUUUAUGUACUGUUUAAUAAACGAGCAGGAGUGUUUUAUACCAAAUAAAACACGACCUUAUUAAACGGCUUCAAACACGACUACAAAUUCAAUAGAUAUAUACUGCCUUAUUAGUAUUCUUUAUAUAAAGAAUACUAAUGAGGACACGACUACAAUAGAUACUGCCUCGAUCAUUAGUAUUCUUUAUAUAAAGAAUUCUAAUUAAGAGUGUUUUAUCAGGUUUAAAGCCACUGCACGUGACAUAUUAUGGUCGACAUGAUUUGCCAAUAAGCUUAUGAAUUAUUAAUGAUGUUUGAACUGUAAAAUAAUGCUAAAAUGAAGAGAUUUCAUAUGAUAUGGGGUCUUCACAACGUUCAAUACAUUUUCCUAAAAUUGCUGUAACGAUGACAUUGAUUUAAUCUUAUAGCACGAUUAUUUUGUUUCUCGACCAGCAGAUGUAUGAAAAGGUACCUUACUGCAUAAACUAGAAAAUAAAAUUCAAACAAAAUAAUUUUGGAAGGUAUUGUAUUUAUUGAAUUCAAUAUUGAAUUAAAUACAAAUUCAGAAAGAUAAUACAGGUUUUGAACGCUUUUCAUAACGACCAAUACGCGAGUUAGAAAAAAUGGCGGGCUCUUAAAACCAUUUUUGAGAACCUGAUGAUUCCAACGAAACAGCAAUGCAUAGAUCUAAUAUUUAAUCAUCUAGGGAUAGAAGCAAAAAACAAGAGUAUAAAAAGAUUCUUCGGUAACGUUCACGAAGUGGAACAGUCAUUCCUGAGAAGCGGAAUUGUGGGAGUACAGCGUGCAAUGAAAAAAAAGCUAGAGCGAUGGAAAGAGGUUACAAUUAACCUUGCCAUUGUUGGGAACUCUGGUGUUGGCAAAUCAAGCUUUAUCAAUACUAUAAGAGGGUAAGACUAUAAUAUAUUUCAGUUUUCGUGAGUUAAAUUUUAAAGUUAAUUAAAAUACUCGUCAAUAAUUAACGAAGAAAAUUCAAAUGAAAUGAAUAAUCAAUGUUUAAUCAAUGCUUGGAAAUCGGAUAAGAUUUGUACGGAAGCCGCGAAGGGACUUCAGACUUCGGACUUGAAGGGUCACUCAGCGGUGCAACGUGUCGGGCCUGUCGGCCAACAUGCGUAAUGCGACAUGCGCGAGGACAGAAACUUCAAAGCUUCCGACGUAUGUGGCCCUUCUGCAUGGGUUUUUAUUCUGCGCUUCAGACUUCAAACUUCGGACUUUAGACUUCGGACUUCAUACUUCAAAUUCAAAGACUUCAGACUUCAAACAUUGGUUCCGAGCUUCGCUAAUGGCCAACAUUGCUUUUGCAAAGCUGGCUAAUAUGCUAAUAUUUCAGGCACUUAUUGAAUCAAAGCUAUUCGAGCUAAAAGGAAACUGUUGGAAUAUGAAAAUACAGUUAUUUCAUUUAAGGUUGUCUCCAAGCAAAGCGCAAAAAAGGCUUGCUGCAUGGGAAUCGUUAAAAAAUUAAUUAAUUUCAUACUAUUAAAAAAAUAAAUAAAUGUUAUGAAUAAUAAUAAUAUGUUGUAAUAAAUUUACGUGAUAAAUUUGUAAGUAACAAAUUUACGUGAUAAAUUUAUGUAAGUAAUAAAUUUACGUGAUAAAUUUAAUAAAUUUACAGCAUAAAGUUAAUAAAUUUACUGCAGUAAUAAAUUUACGUGUUGUUUCCACAAACAAUAGUAUUACAUGUUUUAUCGUCUGCAAACCUACAAAGAAUUUACUGACACAUUCCAACAGUCUGCAUUUACAGUCUAAAUCAUUCUGACCAUUUUUGACUUUAGUAGUUGAAUAGCUUUCAAUGAAUAAGACAUAAGUGCUUUAAUUUAAAUAUUAGCCAGCUUUGCAAAAGCAAUGUUAGCUAUUAGCAAAGCUCGGAACCAAUGUUUGAAGUCUGAAGUCUAAGUCCCUUCACGGCUUCCGUAGAUUUGUCAUGAUUUACAUAAACUUCAGCUUUGAUUUUCUCGUCUUAAACAAUGUUUAUUUUAAUUAAAUUGCUGUGCUGAGUGGUUAUAUUACUACCUGAAAUAAACAAGCAGAAACUCGACGUUUCGAGCGAACUGUAGCCUGCGUAGCAGGCGUUUAGUGCGGGCGCGAGAAGAAAGGGCGUCGUUAAAUAAACGCUUGCCCAAAUGCCUCAAUCUCGUUCCCAGAGUAUGCCUGUUCGCGGGUUAGGUAGUGGCAUGACUCUACAGGGGAAAUCGAAUUUUUUUAUCCAAAAUAAGAUAAAUGAUGCAUGCGCUUUUAUUGCUUUUGUUUAUUCCGCUUACUAAAUUCGCGCGGGCACACGCUCACAAUCGAUAUUUGUUUUGAACAAGAUUCUCAUCAGAAUAUAGUGUACAAAAUGUUUUUUAUACGUUUGAAGGUGCUUUAAAUUGUACUACAAUUAAAUUAUAUUCAAUGGAAAAUACUGACAGAGCCAUGAAAGCUGUUCUAACGAAAAGAUGCUUGAAUAUUCGUUAAAAGACGAGACAUUCAAAUGUAUCUCGGCCAUUGUAAAAUGGUGAAGAUGUUUUGGUUGUUUUGCCAACAGGUUAUGGGCUUAUUGUGGCAAAUAUUAAAAUAUUUCAGCUGCUACCUGACGUGUACGACAUGUUACUUAGCGUAACUAACUUAAACUAAUUCUAUCGUGAUAGUCAUAUCUCCACAUCAAUGACCAAGGCAUUUCUGCAUGCAUAAUAGUAUGUCAAAGUAUGAUACAAGGCCAUUCUGUGUUACACUAUAUUAUGGUGAUGGCAGCGAUAUCAAAUUACCAUUGCAUCGACAUGAGAACCUGACGUAUAAACUGUUCUAUUUGCACCCAGAAAUGUGUGUCUAUGACAAGAAAAUUACAAGCUUUUUUCAACUGUAUACUGUAAACCUCUGAAUAUAAUGCUCACCUCAUUCCAAAUAUAAGCCCCCCUGAAUAUAAGUCCCCUGAAUAUAAGCCCCCUGAAUAUAAGCCCAGUAUCACACUAUGUUAUUUAACAUUGUCAUUGUCUUUUAAUAUAGCAGAGAACGAUAUUUGAAACACUGUCAUUGUCUUUAUAGCUUACUAUGUUAAUGGAAGUGUGUUAUUAAUACAUGUUUAUUUUCCUGUUUAUGACUGACUUGUUUAUUACUAACACAAUUGAUUGCCCAUGCAUAAGGCCCCCGUGCAUAUAAGCCCCCCCCUCUCUAAACCGAUCAAAAAUCGCUGACAAAAGAAUAUAAGCCCAGGGCUUAUAGUCAGAGGUUUACGGUAUUAUAUAUUUUAACAAUAAACACAUUAUUUUUUAUAUUAUACUACAUUAACAUUACACAUGGAGCACAUAUAAAGUCUUUAAAUGACAGUACAUUGUGUUUGUAAUUAUAAUUACUAUAAUUACUUGUGACGAAAGUAAGAAAUGAAGUGAACAAAUCCAUAUAUAUAAUUGGGUAUCUUCCAUUUGUUUUUCAUGCUUCACACUGUGUAUCUUUGAACAUUUAAUCAGCAACUAAUUAUAGGCAAGGAUGUAUUUACUAGCUCAUUUAUCCAUAUUACCUGCAGGUACAUAACAUGCAAUACAUCAACCUUGCAACUGCAAGCCAUGCUUUAGCCCCUGCAGUUGCCCCCUCUCCUGCAGCAUGUUUGGGAAGGGAGAGGAAGGAAUGGAGGUACUGUAAUUUCUAUAUUUAGCCCCCUUCUCUUCGAGCCCCUCUCCUGCAAUAACCCCCUUACUGUAUUUGGAUACAAAAAUCAAAAUAAAUAAGCCCCCCUCCUCUUAACCAUGCAGCCCUCAUUCAAUUAAUUCUUCAUAUCAUGAAAUAUAUUGCAUUUCUGUAGUAUUUUAAUAAAAUAUAAACAACGGUAACUCUGAAUAUGGACAUUUUUUAAUGGUAACCAGAUUUAUUGCAUAUAUUUAGAACAAGCGCCCCCUCAAUGAUGCUUAGGAAACAACAAUACCCAGGAGGCUUGAUACAGAAAUUAAAGUAGUUAUUUGAUUGAAACUGGUAGCUAUUUCAAUUCUACUGUAUCUCCUUUUAUAUAUAAUUGGAUUAAUUGCCAAUAGAUUAAUUGCCAAUAUAUUCACAUAGUAUAAUAGUUUGGAAAUGGAAUCAAUACUUGUAUAUUUUUAGCAAAUGAGCAUUGUUAUAGAUCAACAAUGACUCUUAUUGCUAUAAACAACAUUGUUUCACAUAGCAAUAGACAAGGAAACAUCUGUAUUUAGAUUCACUACAUCCAGACACACUAAUUCACUAUAUCCAAACACAAAUUGAUGCAAAAAUUGUUUCAGGUUUGGCUUAGUUAUAGCCUUACCUCGGGCUAUUCCAUUUAAUAUCCGUACCCCUUCGGGGGGUAAAAGGUUUUGAGUUUGGAAUUCUUCAGGGGGAAACCAUGAAAACCGUGUAUCCUCGACAGGGGGUGCAUGUACGGAUAUUAAAUGGAAUAGCCCAUCAUGCUGUCAAGUGGCAAUCACUUACAAAGCAAGUCUAUAACCAAAUGUUUUACAACCUGAGGAACUUCUUAAAUCUUAUUAUUCUAUAAUUUAUACAGAUGCUACAAAAACACCUGGCAUCUUAAAUGUAUAUCGAUAACUCCAUUUACAAAAGCACAAAGACCACGGGCUACAACAUGUCGAGUGUUGACCAUAAUGUACUGUAUUGUAAGCUUCACGUUUUUAACACAAGCAAAAGCUGUCACUCCAACGUCCUGGCAACAAUAUGUCAAUUUAACAAAACAACGACGUGUGCGAUGAUUUCAUUUAGCCAAUUCUUUCAUGGUUAUAAUGAAUAUACUCGUACUGUAGAUCGAUAAAAAGUCAUUCAUAAAUACCAUGCCAUUUUUGUAAGUAUAUACCCGACGUCCCAAUACUUUUUCAUACGAUUAAUAUUAUAUCCUUCGAUUUAUAUUGUUUGAUUUCGCAUUCCAAAUCUGAUAAACAUUGAUAAUUCUCUCUUCGCGGAUGUCCACGCGUAAUUCUCGCAAAAAACACGCAUUAAUUGUGUCGGCAGCAUUGACGAUCGCGGCAGCCAAUCAAAUAACGAUUUCAAUUCGAUUUCUCCACAGUCAUUCCACUACCUAACCCGCGAAAGGCAUACUCUGGGAACGAGAUUGCAAAUGCCUAUGAUUAAUUUGUUCUUCUCCGAAGAAUCUUCGGAAAAGCUUCCCAUUGGUUAAUCUCGUUAACGGAAGUAAUUGCGUAACUCAAAUGUCAACAAUAAUUUUGCUCGCGUUUAUAGUCGCGUAUCAAAAAUAUGCCGCCUGUUAAUACUUUCGAGGAAACUUUCUUAUAUUUCAAGUAAUUAGGCUUCGAAAUUCAGUUAAAUCAGAACAGAGAAAGUAUAUUAUUAAUUUGCUACGUGGUGAAGACGCCGGUUAUCGCGAUUCUUCCCAAGGAAUACGGAAAAGUUUGAUCUUUCAAUUAUACAUUUUAAAUAUAUCUUGAAUAUUUCUUUAAUAUAGUUGUCUUGUUAUCUGCUCACUUUAAAGUAUAAUUCAAGUCCAGAUAGUUGAGGCUAUAUCACUUGGCAUUGCAGCUAUGAGGUUGGAUGAUGAUUUGAAGAAUAACAUUUCAAAACAUGCUCAAAUGUUAUAUUUGCUAUACGGCAGAAUACGUUAAACAACCGUGGUUCAGGAGUCUUUUAAAAGAUAAAAGCUCUGUGCACGUUGUGACUUAUUGUUGUCUAAAAUAGCUUCAAAAACUCAUUAAUAAUUCAUGACGAAAACAGAAAGAAAAAUCAUAAACGUGUCGUAUCCUUGAUAAUUAUGUGCUAGAGAUUUCCCUUGAUUUACAUGAAUUUUAAUGAUUUUCUCUACAUAUACAGACCGAAUUUUUUAAAAGCUACUUCGCCAAUGAACGUAUACUAGAUCGAUCGUUUCUGAAGCAAUUUAAAACAUUCGCAGUGCGUGUUUUAUCAGACCAUCUUUAUAUCUGAUAAAACACUGCUGCUUGUGUUUUAAAUAGUGCAUAUAAAAAUCUCUGCAAAUCUCCGUAGUUGCCCAAGGGAGCACAGCAGUAUUGUUUUCGAGACUUUCGUACCUGUAUAUGGCUGUAAAAUCUCUGAAUAGGUAGCCUUUGUCUUCUUUGGUUCGCUAAUUUGCAUAUAAACACUAAAACACUGUAUUUAAAUUCGUAAACAAGCCAACAAUUUCUUUAUAUUUUCGUAUUUUUACAUGGUCGUCCGCUGUACAUUGUAUCGCAUGUAACGGUUUUGUAAAUACGCGCGAAACUUACAAUAAGAAAUAGAGGGGGGUGAAACUGUGGGCACGUGAUCAAUAUUAACCAAUAACAUUUCGGGAUUUGAGAACCGCUUUCUCCAAGGUUUGUAGCAAAACCAAAUGCUUACAAUCAGAUUAGAGUCGACUGUAAAAGCCUACCAAAAACUGAUUUGUUCACAAUUCGUAAACAUUUCAACUCUGAUUUCUUUUUAAAUGUAUUAUAUCAUGCUUCUACUUCGAGAAUAUUGCCCAAGGCAUGUUUGAGAGUGGUAAUAAUAUAAAUUUUGUCAUUAUUUAUCAAACUGUGAAUUGCGAUUUUUACGUAUAACGUAUUAAACACCGAAAUAUUCCCGUUUUAGUUUAUUGUAUGCUGGUUUUAUAUGGAUAAUUUCACAUUAGAAUAUUUGAAAAUGGCUUUAAUGUUAUAAAAUAACACAAAAUAUAACAAAAUCAUGACGAAAUGUCGAAAAUGUUUAGCCUGUUUAGUAUAUUAAUGUACUGAAAUAUGAUUUAAAAAAGACAAAUAUAUGGCAUACUAUACGAUCAACCACAGUUUGGAUUAACUAUGGAUCAACUCACGUUAAAAACAUGUGAACUGAAGCCAAGAUUGCAUAAUUCCAUAAUUAUAUCUCGCAGUGGCCUGUGCCUAGCAACGGUUGCUGUGCCUAGCAAUUUGCUACAGCGUCUGUCGAAAGAUUUUACCGGAUGUGCCCACAGUUUCACUCCCCUCCAUUUCUCAUUGUAAGUUUCGCGCGUAUUUACAAAACCGUUGCAUGCGAUACAAUGUACAGCGGACGACCAUGUAAAAAUACGAAAAUAUAAAGAAAUUGUUGGCUUGUUUACGAAUUUAAGUAGUGUUUUAGUGUUUAUAUGCAAAUUAGCGAAUCAAAGAAGACAAAGACUACCUAUUCAGAGAUUUUACAGCCAUAUACAGGUACGAAAGUCUCGAAAACAAUACUGCUGUGCUCCCUUGAGUUGCCGAGCAAAAAGCAUGCAUGAUGCUAAAUAUAAAUCUCGACUAUGAUUGGAUAAUGGGUGAAGGUGCUAAUUACAAAACGCCAAUCAUCCUUAAUGGGCGAAAACAAAUUUGUCAUAGCCAUUUGGGCAGGCGUUUCCUCUGUACCCGCCCGUCAGCUAAACGCCUGCUACGCAGGCUAAGCGAACUGCGAAGGCCCUUCGUCAAGAACUCUUGACGAAGGGCCUUUGCUCGAAACGUCGAGUUUCUGCUUGUUUAUCACUAGUUUAUCACCCUUGUCUUUUACAUUCUUUAUUUUAACAAACUAAGAAAAUCCUACUUUACAAACUUGCGAGUUGCGCCACAUUUUAUUUAUUUAUGUACGUAACCACGCACAUAAAUAAAUACAUGUAUUGCAUUUAUCUAAAGUCACGUGACCACGAAUCAGCCAAUCACGUUUAGUUUCAGCACCAGCUAUAUAACAAAAUUGGUUAUUAUAAAUUUCUAAAUAUAAAUAAUAAACAUCUUGGUUUUUACCAAUUUACCAUAUGAGAAAUCUAUAAUAACCAAUAAUGGUAGAAGUUCAGUGUUUAGAUUGACAGUAUACACACGGUAAAUUUAAAUUUUUUCUGUGCGUCUUAUUCGUAUUAGCAACACACAGUAAUAAAGACACUCAAAGCAGAGUUGCCUACAAAAGUAAAUGCGCUGUAUAAAACCUCUUGAUUUUAUUAAAUCAGGUUGGAGGAUAAUGACCCAUUAGCAGCAGAGACAGGUAUAGAGGAAAAAACACAAGCACCAACCCCCUUCUAUCAUCCUACGUACCAGAACGUCUGCUUCUGGGACCUACCAGGCAUUGGAACACCAACGCUGCCCGAUAUUGAAACGUUCUGUAAAAAGUUUGCCAUCGAAAAGUACGAUACUUUUCUUAUAAUGAGCGCAACUAGGUUCACGGAAUACGAUCUCCAGCUAGCAAUGAAGAUCCAAUCCAUGGAGAAGUCGUUUUUCUUCAUUCGCACAAAGAUCGAUAACGACAAAAAAGCAGAGAAACGAAAGCUGAAGAAAGAAUUCAACGAAGAAGAGAUGCUGAAAACACUCAGAAAUGGCUGUGUAGAAAAUUUACAAAACUUCAAUUUUGGUGAAGAUAAGAUUUUCCUGAUUAGUAAUUGGGCUCCAACGAAGUGGGAUUUCGAUCGUUUAAAGUUGGCAAUCUUGGAUCAGUUGCCGUCCAAGCAGAAGGAGUUAUUAACCUUUUCCCUGUGCACCUGCUCGAAAACGUUAUUGAAAGAAAAGAUACAACUUCUCAGAGGUAUGUGUAAUUAUCUGAUGUUUACCCCCAAAAGAAAAUAUUGCUUAUCAAGCGGGUUCACAUCGAUUAUCUAUUGAAGAAACCCUGUGACAACUUCUUCAUUAUUAGUUUAUACGUAUCCAAUGGUGAUAAAGUUUACUGUUCAUAACGUGAAAAAAAUACGCUGUCAACCUCAUCCAACGACAUGGUAUACUGACAACAUUCGUUAUUCACAUUCGGCAAAACCUGAAAUCAACAAUUCAAUUAACCAUAGAGAUUAUAAAUAACCCUAUAGAGGCAUCGCAAUCUUGACAUCAGGUGGGGCAAAUUCAAGUCCGGAUGUGUACUCAUGUUGCCAUUGGUGAGCAGUUUCAAUUUAGCCACAGAAAGCAUGAUUUUAUGUCCGGGACCUAAAUUCCCAUUAGCCAAGUUCCCAAAUUUUAACCUCGAUGCCUCCUCUAGUGUUAUUUAUAAUCUCUAUGGAUUAAUCAUUGUGUGUAAACGUACCUAAAGGAUGUCUAUUUUUCAUAACCCCCGCCCCGACUACAUAGAGCGUCUUGUAAAUAAUUCUUCAAUUCUUAUAAACGCUUAUUUUUCAGGCAGGGUAUGGAUGACUGCAACUGCAUCAGUUGCAAGCAAAUUUGGCUUAGCGCCUUCACUUCGUGUUGAUGAGAAAUUGAUUACAAGCAAAAUCAAAUUCUACAGAUCGCAACUUGAGUUUCCUGAAAACAAUUCCGAAGAAUUUAAGAUGUUGACUGAAAACCUACAGAAAAGAGUGGAAAAAUUUUACCUGAAGCCUGACCAGCCUGUUUUGUCAUGGUUAAAGUCGUUUGAUGAAGGUAAUGCGUACGACAUAAAAAUGUACGGGCCAUUUAUGGUCACUAAUAAGCCGUUCAAGUUUGUACAUAAAUUUCUGAAUUUGGUCUUGGACGACAUGGAAGAAACAGCGUUGGAAAUUUUUGAUGAAGCGACUACAAGAGAACAGGAUGACGUUGACUCGGACGAAAGUGAAUGA